GACGUUGUCGCGGCAGAAGCGGGGAGAAAGGGCGAAUUAGCGAAGCAGUGGAGGAAAUAUUUACGAUUCCUGCUUUUCCCGGAUGAGUUUUGUCACUCUAUGCAAUUUUAGUUUUGAAUUAUAAGAAAAUACGCUUUACACAGCCAUGCGGCGAAAUAAGGCCGAAGUGGACGAAUAUAUUUAUUCAGUAGAGAGUUCCUCUCCUUCACUCAAAGAGAAACCAAUUAAAGGAUUUUUAUUUGCUAAAUUAUACUUCGAGGCUAAGGAGUAUGAACUUGCUAAAAGACAUGUAUCAGCAUAUCUGAAGGUGGCGGAAAGAGACCCCAAAGCACACAAGUUCCUGGGCAAACUCUAUGAGAGGGAAGGUGAUGUCAACAAGGCCAUAGGAUGUUACAAGCGCUCUGUGGACCUGAACCCAGCCCAGAGGGACCUGGUUUUGAAGGUGGCUGAGCUGCUGGUCAGUAAGACCGAGAGAGACAACAGAGCAGAGUUCUGGGUGGAGAAAGCUGCCAAGCUGCUGCCUGGACACCUUGCUGUCUUCAAGCUCAAGGAGCACCUACUGAAUCAACAGGGCCAACAGGGAUGGAACCAGUUGUUUGACCUACUGCAGGCAGAGCUGGCUGUGAGGCCUGGCGAUGCCCAUAUCAACAUCAAGCUGGUUCAGUUGUUCUCCUCCGAUGGCAGGCUGGAGGAGGCUGUCAAACACUGUCUGGCCACAGAGAAGAGAGGCCUGCUUAGAUCCAGCUUGGACUGGUACUCUACUGUAGUACACACUCUGCAGGAAUCCCUAGCCCAGCCCAGUGUUUUGUCCAAUGAGAAGAUGAGGCAACAUCGGCAGAGAGAGCUACUUUUGGCACACUGCAGCCUGCUGAGACUGACUCUGCAGGGGAAAGGACUGCAGCCUAGCAUCCAGGCCCUCUGGAGUUUUGACUGUGCGAUGCAGGGCCUGAAGAGGGCAGAGGGCAGUGUAACAGAUGAUCUGUCUGGGGUCUAUGUGGAGAUGAGGGGACAUCUGUACCUGCAUGCUGGCACUCUGCUGCUGAAGAUGGCUCAGGAGAGAGAACAGCAAUGGCGGGGUGUCAUUGAUCUGGCUGCUCUCUGCUAUCUGCUGGCCUACCAGGUCCCCAGGCCAAAGAGCAAGGUGUCUAAACGGGACCAGUCUCCUCCUCAGCCUCUGGAGCUGUUGUCUAGUGACAGAAAGAGCCAGGCAGGACACAUGCUGCUCAACCUCAAGCCCGAGACACACACCUUUGUCAGAGAGGUGGUGGAGGCGUUUGGGAACCAUAGUGGUCAGGGCGCUUUGUUUGAGUUUUUGUUUGGGCCCCUGGCUCCGGUCGGGUCUUCCUUCAUUGGCAACGAUGACAUCCGCUCCAUCAACACACAGGCUCCAGAGAUAUCUGACCUUACCAAAUGGGAUAACGGCUCCAUCCAGCUCCAUGGUGGAGACCUCCAGCAGCUGUGUUGGCUGGGCCUCCAAUGGUCUCUCUUGGCCCAGAGGCCUGCUCUGAGGGACUGGCUCAAACAGCUGUUCCCCAGGCUCAACCUGGAGACCUCCAAACUGGACACCAACACACCAGAGUCCAUCUGCCUGCUAGACCUGGAGGUGUUCCUGUGUGGGGUGGUGUGGUGCAGUCACACCCAGCUCCAGGAGAGGGCCAGGAUCACUUCUACUGGUCAACAUGAGCCCCGCUGCCUGCCCCUGCCCCUCCUCCACCACCUCUUCACAGACAGACAGAGGGACUGGUGGGACGCAGUCUACAGGCUCAUUCACAAACGAGCUGCGCCUGGCAUGUCAGCCAAACUGAGGAUGACGGUUCAACAUGGACUAAGCACCUUGCGAGCCGGAGAGAAACAUGGCCUUCAACCAGCCCUGCCCAUACACUGGGCCCAGCACCUCAGCUCAGCGGGGUUUGGUGUGAACUCAUACUACAACCACGAAUACAUAAGGCGUAGUGUCCACUACUGGAACGUGGUGCUCCCCCUGCUGGACAAGAUCAAGAGGAGACGUGGCAUCCCUGGACCCCUGGACCCCCUGUUCAUACACUUCCCCUCUAGAGACAUAGAGAUCCCAUCAGUGAAGGGCUUUGAGGAGGAGGCCAAGAUAGCAUUUGCGACCCUCCUGGACAUCGAGGGGAAGACUGAGGAGGCUAUCGCUACCCUGGAGACCAUCAACAGCAUCUCGUCUAACUGGCACCUAGCUAGGAUCUUCCAGCGUCUGUCUGAGGAGGCCGGUAGCGGGGUGGAGGAGACACAGGACAGGUGCAUCAUGUUCCUCAGGAAGUUCAGAACUUACCUGUCCAAGAUCUACAACGCCAACGCUGAUGACAUGGAUAAGCUGCCCGUUUCGAUGGAGGAGGUGAUGGAUCUCCUGAACGAUGUGAAACAGCAGCUGGAGGAGAGUGGAGAAGCGAUGGAUGAAGAGGACGACGGCGGACCGGUCCACUCCAGCCUUCAGUUUACUAAGCCUGCUGCUUCAAUCUCUUGUGUCAAAUUCGCCCCAUUAACCCCCUCCCCCAGCAAGAGCUUGGCCUCUCCCUCCAAAAGACACCUGAUUUCCCCAAAGACGCCACCUCAUUGGGCGGAGGACCAGAAGUCCCUCCUGCAGAUGCUCUGCCAGCAGGUGGAGAGCCUCAAGAAUGAGGUCCAUGACUUGAGGCAUCACUCGUCAGACAGCAUGGCGUCACCCCACCAAAGAAUGUAUGGAGAUGGGUACGGGGCUGAGAGCAUGCAGGUGGGCUACCCCCCUGCACAGACCUUCCAUGGAGCACCCCUCACUGUUGCCACCACACAGGCACCCUCUAUGUAUUACAAUCAAUCCCCUGCUUAUAACGCCGGACAGUAUCUCCUUCGUACGGCAGCCAAUGUUACUCCAACAAAGGCUCCUGUGUAUGGAAUCAACCGCCUGCCACCCCAGCAGCACAUGUAUGCCUACCAGCAGCCCACAAACACACCUCCCCUACAGUCAACACCAGCCUGCAUCUACCCUCCUCAAGAUCAGGUCUUCGGCGCCCCUCUCCGCUUCGAGUCGCCAGCAACCAGUCUACUCUCCCCAUACAGUGAGGAAUACUACAGCCACUCUCAGCCCACCACAAACCCUCCCCUCCCAGAACCUGGCUACUUCACCAAGCCCUCCAUUGUACCUGUCCAACCACCAAAGAGCAUCGAGGGGAAGCCUGUGGGCUUUGGGAAGAUCUCUUUUGGCCAGCCGAUCCCCGCUGGUCCUCCUAAGUUGCCUAGCUUUGGUGCUGGAAUAGUCGCCCAGUCCACUCCAUCAUCCGCUGCCUUUAAAUUCAACUCCAACUUUAAAUCCAAUGACGGGGACUUCACCUUCAAGUCCAAAAACAAUGAGAGCCUGUUGGGUCUUCUGACAUCAGACAUUCCCACCAAAUCUGAGGGUCCCUCAGAGGGGAAGCCCCAAGAGCCUCCUAGUCAGGGAGGGAUUUUUACCUUUGGCCCUAAAAGUGCAUCUGGGUUCUCCUUUGCUGACACAAUCCAAAUCCAGGACAAACCAAACCUGUUUGGAAAAAUUGACCAGCCAUUUAGUUUCACUGAUGUAACCACGCCGGUAUUUGGGCUGGCAAACACAGCAGAGGAGGAGAAGGGAGCCGAGAGCAAUAACAACAGCACUCAUGUGGAGGAGGAUGAGGAUGGGCCUCACUUUGAGCCUAUUGUGCCCCUCCCUGACAAAGUAGAUGUGAAAACUGGAGAGGAGGAAGAGGAGGAGAUGUUCUGUAACAGGGCCAAGCUGUUCAGAUUCGAUGCGGAGACAAAAGAGUGGAAAGAGAGAGGUAUCGGCUUAGUCAAAAUCCUAAAGCACAAUAGAUCAGGAAAAGUGCGUCUGCUGAUGAGGAGGGAGCAGGUUCUGAAGAUCUGCGCUAACCACUACAUCACGCCAGAUAUGCUCCUGAAACCAAAUGCUGGAUCUGACAAGUCCUGGGUCUGGAAUGCUGUUGAUUAUGCGGAUGAGGAACCAAGGCCUGAGCAACUGGCCAUCCGGUACAAAACUGAAGACGAGGCAUUGCUCUUCAAGACAAAAUUUGAAGAGGCUCAGAAGAUCGUUCCCAAAUCUCCAAAAAUGCAGCAAGAUCAGUCAUAUAGGAAAAAUAAUUUUCCUGAGCUCUCUGCUCCAUUGGCGACAAACUUUGCUGCCCAAUUUGCAAAGAAGUACGGGGAGUGGGACUGCGAUGUGUGCUGUGUAAGAAAUGCAGCUAAAGUUAUGCAGUGUGUUGCCUGCCAGACUGCCAACCCUAAUGCCCCAUCAAAGCUGGAUAGCGCACUAGCUACUGACAUCAAAGGGUUUACUAGUGGGGCAGCUUCAGUGGGAGGAUUUACUUUUGGAUUUGGAGCUGACUCGUCAAAAGACACCAGCAGCGCAGGAUCUAUUGGAAAAGGAUUUGGGUCUUUUGGAGCUCAGAUACCCUCCUCCUUUACGUUUGGAACCAGUGGCACCACUUAUAUACCUGCUGCUGGUUUUGGUGCCCAGUUUGGAAAGAGGCAAGAAACCACAAAAGUUGCAGCAGAAUCAAAGCCCUCAACCAUGCCAUUUGGCUCUGGAUUUGGUGUGCAGUUCGGCAUAAAUCCAGGGCAGUGGGACUGCGAUACAUGCACUUUAAGAAAUGAGGCAUUUGCAAACAGUUGUCUCUCUUGUCAAACUCCUAACCCUUCAGGAAAACCUGCUGCUGGUGCCCCAGCUUUGGCAACCCUCUCAAUUGGGUCUGGGUCUGGAUUUGGUGCCCAGUUUGGCAAAAAACCAGGGCAGUGGGAGUGUGACACGUGUCUUGUUAGAAAUGAGGAGUCUGCUAGCAGUUGUGUUUCUUGUCAAACUCCAAACCCUGUAGCCAAAACAGAUGUAGAUGGAGCAGCAGAAUCAAAGCCCUCAACCAUGCCAUUUGGUGCCCCGGCUUUGGCAACCCUCUCAACUGGGUCUGGAUUUGGUGCCCAAUUCAGCAAAAAGCUAGGGCAAUGGGACUGUGAUACAUGCGUUGUAAGAAACGAGGCUUCUUCAAGCAGUUGUGUUUCUUGUCAAACUCCUAACCCUUCAGGAAAACCUGCUGCUGGUGCCCCAACUUUGGCAACCCUCUCAACUGGGUCUGGAUUUGGUGCCCAAUUCAGCAAAAAGCUAGGGCAAUGGGACUGUGAUACAUGCGUUGUAAGAAACGAGGCUUCCUCAAGCAGUUGUGUUUCUUGUCAAACUCCUAACCCUUCAGCAAAAUCAACAGUAGAGGUAGCACCAACAACAGAGCCAACAGUGUCAGACUUUGGUGCUGCUUUUUCAAGGAAGGAUAGACAAUGGGACUGUGACACCUGUCUAGUGAGGAAUGAUGCAUCUGCCUCUAAGUGUGUUUCCUGCCAGACACCCAACCCCAAUGCUAGCAGCUCCUCUCUUAGGGCCAUGUUUGCCAGGCAGGAGGGACAGUGGGACUGUGACACAUGUCUUGUCAGAAACAACAACUCUGCUAGUCAAUGUGUCUCCUGUCAGAUGCCCAAUCCCAAUGUUAAGAGCAUAGCCACAGCCGCCACUUCCAGCUCAUCCUUCAGCUUUAACUUCGGGAGUCAGACUGCCUCUACUCAACCCACAGGCACUGGGUUUAAAGCGAACUUCAACGGUGACAGCUCUUUGCAGUUUGGCACAGGCAAAGUUGAUAAAAGUUCCCCUGCAUCCUUCAAGUUUGAGACCCCUCCACAGGCUGAAAGCAGUACCCCCAGUGCUGCAGGCUUCUCUUUCACCAUGCCCAUCCCAGCAGGUGGCUUUAAGUUUGGCACUCAGGAAACUGCAAAGGAAAUCCUACCAGCUGAAACUCAGACUCCUGCUUCAGGGUCUGCGUCAAUGUUUCUGAAGAAUAUCGUAGAGCAGUACAGAGAGAAGGAAUCUGGUGUCAGUGUAUAUCCAUCAGUGCUGUCAGUGGACAAGACGGGUCAGGAUGAAAAUCCCCUCUUCAUUGGCAAACCCAACGACUUCAGUUUUGCAGACUUGGCUAAAAACUCACAAGGAGACUUCCAAUUUGGUCAGACGGACUCCAAUUUCAAAGGCUUCACCCGCGCUGGCGAGCAGCUGUUCACAUCCCUUCAGUCAAACCAGAGGGCAGACACCUCAGCUGACCAGGAUGAAGAGGGCAUAUACAAGACGGAGGAUAAUGACGAUAUCCAGUUUGAGCCUGUGGUCCAGAUGCCAGAGAAAGUGGACCUGGUCACAGGAGAAGAGGACGAACAGGCCCUCUACUCCCAGAGAGUGAAGCUCUUCAGGUUUGACGGAGACAUCAGCCAGUGGAAGGAGAGGGGCGUUGGGGUCCUCAAGUUCCUGAAGAACGCCACCAAUGGCAGGCUCAGGGUGCUGAUGAGGAGAGAGCAGGUCCUGAAGGUGUGUGCCAACCACUGGAUCACCACCACCAUGAACCUGAAGCCCUUGGCUGGCUCCGACAAGGCCUGGAUGUGGCUGGCUAAUGACUUCUCUGAUGGAGAUGCCAGACUGGACCAACUCGCUGCCAAGUUUAAAACCCCUGAGCUGGCUGAGGAGUUCAAGCUGAAGUUUGAGGAGUGUCAGAGGCUCCUGUUAGACAUCCCACUGCAGACUCCUCACAAGCUUGUUGACACCGGUAGAACUGCACAUCUCAUCCAGAAGGCAGAGGAGAUGAAGUCCGGCCUGAAAGAUCUUAAAUCUUUCCUGACCGAUGACAAAACCAAGAUCAAGGAGGACGACAGCCAUGCUAACAUCACGACAGCCAGUAACACCUCUGGUCUUAAUAUCAAGCCCCACGCAGAGAACACUGGCCCUACCUUAGAAUGGGACAACUAUGACCUGAGAGAGGAGGCUCUGGACGACAGUGCUGACACCUCUGUCUACGCCUUACCCCUGGCAAGCAGCCCAAUCAGGAAGAACCUAUUCUGCUUUGGAGAAUCCACAGAGGGCUUCAACUUCAGCUUCCAGCCUGUCGUCAGUCCCGCCAAGUCGCUGGCCAAGAUGAACCAGAGCGGGGUGUCUGCGGACGAGGAGCAGGACAUUAGCCAGGAGGAGGAGCGGGACGGCCUGUACUUUGAGCCUGUGGUUCCCCUGCCAGACCUGGUGGAGAUCUCCACUGGAGAGGAGAAUGAAAACGUGUGUUUCAGCCACAGGGCAAAGCUGUAUCGCUAUGACAAAGACCUGAACCAGUGGAAAGAGAGGGGCAUCGGAGACCUCAAGAUACUGCAGAACUGCGAUACCAAACGAGUCAGACUCAUCAUGAGGAGAGACCAAGUCCUGAAAAUCUGUGCCAACCAUUGGGUCACAUCUUCUAUGAAGUUGGAGCCGAUGAAGGGUGCUGAGAAGGCCUGGGUCUGGAGCGCUAUUGACUUUGCCGAGGUAACUAAGGGAAAUGUUGAGCAGUUAGCUGUCAGAUUCAAACUGAAGGAUGUGGCUAACUCCUUCAGAGAUAUAUUUGACCAGGCUAAAACUGCCCAAGAGAAUGAGAUUCUGGUCACUCCAACCACCUCCAGUGAGACCCUUACUCAGGAGGAAGCAAUAGCGACGGGGACAACCGUGUGUGGACAAGCUGCUGUGGCCAUCCUGGAGGAGACCACCACAGAACGGACGGAGCUGUAUCAUGAGACUUUACACACCCCUGACUGUAAGUCCUCCACCGGUACUCCACAUAGCCCUCUCAACCUCUCCAGGAUGGUAAUGUCCCCACCCAAGUUCCUCUUUGGAACAGACUCUCUCCAAAAGUUUUUCGGCAGCAGCCCACCAUCAUCCAAGGAGGAUAGUUCUCCAGAGAGCUCCAAGGUUAAAGACAGCGGUCGGACCUCCCAGCCUUUAACUGCAUUCAAAAUCUCAGAAAAGGCACCCUCCCAUGCGGAGGCUGACAGUGAGGUGGAAGUGGUGUAUGUGAGGCAGCCAACAGUUGAGCAGGCUCUUCUGGCUAGGGAACUCCUGCUGCCUCUCACCUUCUUCUGCUACCAGAACGAACCAGGAUAUACCAGCGACGACCAGACUGAUGAUGAGGACUUUGAGACAGCAGUUAAAGCCCUGAAUGGAAAACUGUACCGGGAUCCUCCUGAGAGGGAGGCUGCAAGUGCAGGUUCUGCAGGCCAGGCCGAGGCAGGUGUUGAAGGUCUGGACCCGGAGGUUGAGGUUUUAUGGGAGAAGAGGCCAACUCCAGAGGAGGAACAGAAAGCCAGGAACCUGCAGCUGCCUUCAACCUUCUUCUGUGGUGUAGGCAGCGACAGCGAGGCAGAGAAGGACAAGCCAGAGGACUUUGAGACAGAGUUCCGCAAAGCACAGGAGGCUCUGGAUGCUGAGAGAAGCUCAGACCCUGAGGAUGUGUCCUCCAGCACCUGCGAUACAGUGCCAGAACAACAGGUCCCAGACCAGUACCCCAGCAGCCAGGAACAGGCUUCAGAUCAGUCUGGGGCAGAAGUCCAGUCCACUCCAGCAGAAGAACAGGUCCCAGAUCAGUCAUUAACCAUACAGGAGGCUGAAAUCCCAACCCCAGGUAGCCAGGAACAGGCCACAGAACAGUCAGUUACCAUCCAGGAUGCAGACAUCCAAUAUUCUACAGCAGAGGAACAGGUCCCAGAUCAGUCCUUAACCAUACAGGAGGCUGAAAUCCCAACCCCAGGUAGCCAGGAACAAGCCACAGAUCAGCCGGUUACCAUCCAAGAGGCAGAAGUCCAGUCCACUACAGCAGAAGAACAGGUCCCAGAUCAGUCCUUAACCAUACAGGAGGCUGAAAUCCCAACCCCAGGUAGCCAGGAACAAGCCACAGAUCAGCCGGUUACCAUCCAAGAGGCAGAAGUCCAGUCCUCUACAGCAGAAGAACAUGUCCCAGAUCAGUCCUUAACCAUACAGGAGGCUGAAAUCCCAAGCCCAGGUAGCCAGGAACAGGCCACAGAACAGUCAGUUACCAUCCAGGAUGCAGACAUCCAAUCUUCUACAGCAGAGGAACAGGUCCCAGUUCAAUCAGUAACCAUCCAGGAGGCAGAUGUCCAGUCCUCUACAGCAGAAGAACAGGUCUCAGUUCAGUCAUUAACCAUUCAGGAGGCAGAGGUCCAGUCCACCACAGAGGAGCAGCAGACUCCAGAUCAGUCAGACUCCACUUCAACACCAUCGCAGACUGCCAUCUCCUGCAGCAGGGAGCAGGCUACCACUCCAAACCCUUCAGAAAAACCUGCUGCUAGUGCGCCAGCUUUGGUAACCCCCUCAUUUGGUUUUGGAUUUGGUGCACAGUUUGGCAAAAAGCCAGGGCAGUGGGAGUGUGACAUGUGUCUUGUUAGAAAUGAGGAGUCUGCAAGCAGUUGUGUUUCUUGUCAAACUCUAAACCCUGCUGCCAGCAGCGGGAAACAGGCUCCAGAUCAGCCAGACUCUACUCCUGCAGCUAUCAGCAGCAGCCCUAUAGACCUGUCUGCCAAGAAGACCUCUGAGCCUGACUCCAAUACUACAUUUACUACAACCACUACUCAGGAUGCUCCUAACUCAUUUGGCUCAUUGGGCUUCAGUGCUCUAGGAGGGGAAGGGUUCUCCUUUGCUGAUCUGGCACAGAACACUGGGGGGGAAUUUGCCUUUGGAAAACAAGAUUCCAACUUCUCGUGGGCGAACGCCGGGGCUACGUUGUUUGGAGCUGCAGCCCCAGCCAAAGCUGAGGGAGGGGAGGAGGAGUGUGAUGAAGGGGACACUAAUAAUGUGGGCAUUGACUUUGAACCCAUAGUCUCUCUACCAGAGGUGGAGACUAAGUCAGGGGAGGAGGAUGAGGAGAUCCUGUUUAAGGAGCGUACCAAGCUGUACCGCUGGGAGAGAGACCUGGGCCAGUGGAAGGAGAGGGGUGUGGGAGACAUCAAGAUCCUCUUCCACCCCGAUAAGAGGUUCUACCGGGUGCUAAUGAGGAGGGAGCAGGUGCUGAAGGUCUGUGCCAAUCACACCAUCUGUCAGAGCAUGGAGCUCAAACCCAUGAACACCUCUAACCAAGCCCUAGUCUGGACAGCUACUGACUUUUCAGAGGGUGAGGGUAAGGUGGAACAGUUGGCAGCCAAGUUUAAGACCGCGGAGCUGGCCGAGAGUUUCAGGAAGAUCUUCUGUGAGUGUCAGAGUCGAAUGAGCCAAUCAGAGGCCUCCACCCUCUCCUCCCCCCAGCUGUCCAGGGUACAGGAACAUUCCAGAGACACCAAUCCUCAGGUGUACCUCUCCAUCUCCGCUGACGACGAGCCCCUGGGAACGGUCACCAUAGAACUGUUCUCUCACAUCGUCCCCAAGACAGCUGAGAACUUCAGAGCACUGUGUACAGGACAGAAAGGCUUCGGGCUGCGCAACACUGUCUUCCACAGGGUCGUACCCGACUUCAUGUGUCAGGGUGGAGACAUCACCAACCAGGAUGGGACAGGAGGGAAAUCCAUCUACGGGCACAAGUUUGAGGAUGAGAAUUUUGACGUGCGCCACACAGGCCCGGGCCUGCUGUCCAUGGCCAACCACGGCCGAGACACCAACAACUCCCAGUUCUUCAUCACUUUGAAGAAGGCUGAGCACUUGGACUUCAAACACGUGGCCUUUGGCUUCGUCAGAGAGGGCAUGGAUGUGGUUCGCAGCAUGGGAGAGCUGGGCACCAAGACUGGCAAACCCAGCAAGAAGAUUGUCAUCACCGAAUGUGGACAACUGUAGAGCUUCGCUCUGUUCACUGACUGUUGACAACUCAACUGUAGAGCUUCGCUCUGUUCACUGACUGUUGACAACUCAACUGUAGAGCUUCGUUCUGUUCACUGACUGUUGACAACUCAACUGUAGAGCUUCGCUCUGUUCACUGACUGUUGACAACUCAACUGUAGAGCUUCGCUCUGUUCACUGACUGUUGACAUCUCAACUGUAGAGCUUCGUUCUGUUCACUGACUGUUGACAACUCAACUGUAGAGCUUCGCUCUGUUCACUGACUGUUGACAACUCAACUGUAGAGCUUCGUUCUGUUCACUGACUGUUGACAACUCAACUGUAGAGCUUCGCUCUGUUCACUGACUGUUGACAACUCAACUGUAGAGCUUCGCUCUGUUCACUGACUGUUGACAUCUCAACUGUAGGGUUGAGAUCUGGUCACUGACUGUUGACAACUCAACUGUAGAGCUUCGUUCUGUUCACUGACUGUUGACAACUCAACUGUAGGGCUGAGAUCUGGUCACUGACUGUUGACAACUCAACUGUAGGGCUGAGAUCUGGUCACUGACUGUUGACAACUCAACUGUAGGGUUGAGAUCUGGUCACUGACUGUUGACAACUCAACUGUAGAGCUGAGAUCUGGUCACUGACUGGACGUCUAUCGGCCUUCGCUCUGGCCAUGGACUGGACAGUGAUAGGCUUUCAAACGGUGGAGUGGACAACUAUAGUAGGAACAUCUCAAAUGAGACCCUAUACCUCAUGUAAUGUAAAACAUGUUUUUAAUUUUGUUUUACCAGAGCCCAUGUGGAGUGCACAAAGGGUUCUGGUAGUGUACUACAGGGGAAAUAGGGUGUCAUUUGAGACAGAGAUGGUCUCCUUUCCAUAAGUUAACCCACCCUGAGGGCAGCAUGUGAUUACGUGAAUCUUCAGACUUUAUUUUUUGUGUAUAAUGUACAUUAAAUUAUUUUCAUGUGUUCUAUUAAAAGUUGAAAACGCUGGUUCCUUCAUAAGCUCCCCAACUGGAUUGUUUUGCAUAGUUAAGCCUUAAUUGAGAUUAACAAGAAACCUUGUUUAAAAACCAACCUCAGUUCAAAAUGAACAAUGCUCCUCUCUCCUGCUCCCUGUGAAUACUUUUAGGUGUGGUGGUGUGUUUUUGUGUAUACAUUGAUUAUAUAAUGUACAAAUCAUUGAGACGAACCUUGUUCGUCUUAAACUCCGAAAGUAGGAAUAUGAAGAACUAUAUCCUGCUGUGUGACACUUUGGGAGAGGUAUGACAUAAUAACUUAUGGUUGUGGAAGAACCUUCUAUGGUAUUCUGUUGACAAAUAUCACUUGGUGUUGAAACAAUUCUUAUUGUCAAUAUAUAAAUGAUGCUGGAGAAUGUCUUUAGAAAUAAAGUUGCUUUAUACUGAGAAUUAUGAGGAUGCCCUUUUACGAUUUCAAACACACUACAUGACUAAAAGUAUGUGGACACCUGCUCGUUGAAUAUCUCAUUCCAAAAUCAUAGUCAUUAAUACGGAGUUGGUACCUCUUGCUGCUUUAACAGCCUCCACUCUUCUGGGAAGACUUUCCACUAGAUGUUGCAACAUUGCUGCAGGGACUUGCUUCUAUUCAGCCACAAGAACAUUAGUGAGGUCUGGCACUGAUCUUGGGCGGUUAGCCCUGGCUCACAGUCGAUGUUCCAAUUCAUCCGAAAGGUGUUUGAUUUGGUUGAGGUCAGGGCAAUGUGCAGGCCAGUUAAAUUCUUCCAUACCGAUUGAGACAAACCCCCUCUGUAUGGACCUCGCUUUGUGCACAGGGUCAUUGUCAUGCUGAAA